UCUGGAAGGUUAUCAUUCGUGUUAUAAUAUUAAUCAUUUGUCUUCAUCUUUGUGUCAUAAUUAUUGUUAAUUUUAUUUUGUUAUUUAAGUGAAUUACGUUUUAAUUUUGACUGUGGUGUUAUUUUCUACUGUUUCAAAGUAAUUAAUCAUGGAUGAUAAAGAGAUUAAUAAUAAUAAUGAGAAUGAUGUUUCCACAGCUCAUCAACAGCUUUUCUCUCAGGCAACAUUAGCUGGUUUAUUCUCGGGUUAUCCAUUUGUCUUACCUAAUAAUUAUCCUUGGACAAAUUUUGUUGUUCCAACUGAAACAGGUAAUCCCAGUCUAUCAACUCCUUCUAUUGAUAUAAGUAGCCUACUUGGAGGUGGUUCCGGUGGUGUAACAAUGUCUAUGGAUCAGAUAACACAGAAUGUCGCUUGGAUGUCUUACCUUUUUCAAUUUCAAAUGUUUCAGCAAAUGUACGCUCAGUAUUUGGCUCAACACAUGAGUCAACCAGCUUCUCUAUCAACCCUUUCGUCAACACAAUUACCCGAUGCCUGUCUUCUUGACGGUCAUUUACCACUUAAUCCACCCAUGGACCAAGCAGCAGCCGCAGCAGCAGCAGCACCUUCAGCAACUGUUCCUCCCCAAGGCAAUAAUAAUAAUAAUAUUAAUAAUAAUGUGAUCGAUGCUGCUGCUCCAGUACAAGAGCCUAUUGUUGGAGCUGCUCGUCUUGAACCCGCUGUACCAGCAGCCGGUGUUAGAUUAGCACCAGCCCCUGCGGUAGCCCCAGUUGAAGAGGAUGAAGAUUUCGUUCAACGAGAUUGGAUUGAUUGGCUUAGUCUGAUUACCCGAGCUGUCGCCUUAGCCAGUUUCAUCUAUCUCUAUGCAUCAUUUGGUCGUUUUAUGUUGGUCACUGUUUUAUAUUUCCUUUAUAGAUUGAUGACAAGUGUAGUUGAAGCUUAUAAUGCUUUCUUAGCCAUUGGAGCCCCAAGACAAGCCGCUGCACCUGUACCACCUCAACCACCAGCCGCUGGAGCAGCGGAUCAACAACAAAAUAACCAUGGUGCUAAUAAUAACAAUAAUAAUAUCAAUAAUAAUGUUAAUAAUAAUCAGAACGAUGGUCCAAACCAUUUACAACAAGUGAUGGAUGGAAACAUUGAUGAUCAUCAUGCAAAUAAUAAUAAUAACCCUUUGGCUGGAGAGCAACAAAGUUCCAAUGAGCAAACGAAAAUCCGUUUAUUCUUUGCAAUGGUUAAAGCUCUAUUCUCAUCUUUAAUUCCAUUACAAACUCAGCCUUUAUAGCCUCAGGGUCAGGGGGUUAAUCAACUCUUUAUAUAUCAGACAAUUAACUAUUUUAUGUGUAAAUCAAAAACAAAAAGAAACAAAAAAAUUAUCUAAUCCACCGCACUGUUGACAAAUGACAGAUUACAUACACUCUCUUCCUCUCCCUUUGCCCACCUCUUCUCACUUUUAUCCUCAGAUUAGGAGAAAAAUAUCUUCCUCUUCGAAUUUGGGUUAACACAAAAAUCGAUUGUUUUUAAAAAAAAAAGAAAACCAAUUUAAAUACAAGUGAAAACCUAUAUAAAUAAUCAUCAAAAUUCAACCGGAAAUCAGUUGAGUCCAGUUAAAGAUCCAAUGUGACCUGUGCCCCUUGUGAGAUCAAUUCUUUCUGGUCCCUAGUCCCUUUAAAUUAUUUGUUAACCACAAUCUACAAACUGUUAACUCCUUUGGUUUGACCAUCUCUCUCCCAAUUUCCCCAACAAUCAGUUCUUAAUAUCUUAAUACCUUUUUUCCUUUCUUUCUUUGAAUUGAGAGAAAUUAAUUUCCUCAAUCAAAUAGAGUAAAUAAACAAAAACGAUAACUGA